AUGGACUCGGUGUCCCCGCAGUGCCGGGAACUAGUCCUGCCCCACGGCAUCAGCUUCAACUUCGCCCUAUCUCUAGCCAAAAGUCUCAUCCUAAUUGGAAUCCUCGUAUCAUACCUCCCCCAGCACAUCCGUAUUAUCCAGCUGCGAAGCUCUUUUGGAAUCUCGCCGUUCUUCGUCCUACUGGGAACAACAUCCGGAACGUCUGCGUUUGCGAAUAUCCUGGUCCUCCCACGAAGCGCCCAGGAUGUGGCCUGUUGUCGGGAGAUCUCCGGCGUUUCGUGCUUUGCUGGCUUGUUGGGCAUAUUCCAAGUUGGGGUCCAGUGUACCUGUUUUUGUGUGAUACUGCUUUUAUUUCUCAUUUACUUUCCGCGUGCAACUUCGGUAACGGAUCCUACAAACUCAGCAUCCGCCGAACAAACCCAGGAUGAUCAACCGACCUACCGCACGGCCGUUAUCGUGACUAUAAUCAGCGUUAUUCAUGCCGCCGUAAUCUUGGUUGCAUCCAUCGUCAUCGCGGCCACACAGCCAGGUCACCUCCAAGCAUGGGCGAACGUCUUGGGCAUCAUGUCCGCUGUCCUCGCAUCCAUCCAAUACUUUCCCCAAAUCUGGACGACAUUCCGGUUACAAAAAGUGGGUAGUCUGAGUAUUCCGAUGAUGUGUAUCCAAACCCCGGGAAGUCUGGUUUGGGCAGCCAGUCUGGCGCAGAGAUUGGGUGUCGAAGGGUGGAGUGCGUGGGGGGUCUAUGUUGUGACGGCUCUGUUGCAAGGUUCGCUCCUUGUCAUGGGCAUUUACUUUGAGUAUUUGGGACCGAAGAAGGAUAUUAUCAAUGGGCCUAUCAAUGCUACCGAUGAAACAGUCGAGCAGUCGCCGUCGUCGCCUCCAGGAGAGGAAGAGCCACCAAGUGAAAACACACCUCUUCUCCAAUCAUAG